AUGUCGAAAGCACGCGCAGCUUCAGAUGUGAUAGUGAAACUCAUAGUAGGAGCAGGACAAGCCAGUCCUAGUCCUCCGGUUGGUCCUGCAUUGGGAAGUAAAGGUGUAAAGUCAAUGGACUUUUGCAAGGAAUUUAAUGCGAGAACUGCCCAUAUGAAUCCAGGAACCCCAAUUCCCGCGAGAGUCACAGUGCGACCAGAUCGAUCAUUCCAUUUCGAACUACGCACACCGUCAACAUCAUGGUUACUUCUCAGCGCUGCAGGCGUUGAGGCGAAAAAGGGAAAGCUAAAGGGAGCACCAGAUUCGACAACGGUUGUGGGUACUGUCAGUUUGAAGCACAUCUACGAGAUUGCCAAAAUAAAACAAUCAGAAUUGCGCCUAUCAGGGUUAUCUUUGGAGGGGCUUUGCAAAUCAGUGAUUGCGCAGGCGAAAACCAUUGGGGUUAAGGUUGUCGCAUGA